CAGUCCCUCUAUAAAUCACUUGAACUACCUUCAAUUAUUCACACACCAAAAGAAAAGAAAGAGAGAGUUUUCUUAGCAAAAAAAAUUCAGUUAUCUGUGAGAAUGGCCGCCACGACCACCUCUGGAGGAAUUAAGCUGAGAGAAGAUUUGGAGGAGGAGCCAAUCGUUGGAGGAAUUCACCCGAUUGAACGGUUUGAGAACAGCCUUGAGAUUGAAUGUCUAGCUCGUUUUGCUGUUGAUGAAUACAACAUAAAACAGAAUGCACUAGUUCUGGAAUUUAAGAAGGUAUUGGAUGCGAAACAUCAAGUGGUGGCAGGGUUCAUUUACUACCUAACUCUGGAGGUGUUCGACCGCGUGGAGAAGAAGAAGAAACAGUGUGAAACUAAGGUGUGGAUCAAGAUACGUGACUCCAAGGAAUUGCUGGAAUUCAAGUUUGUUGGCGAUGCCUAAAUAAGCUUUGUGAUUGGACUCCUAUAGCAGCAGUUAAUUCGUAAAAUAAAUAAAGCAGUAUUGCUAAUGUUAAAUGUUGGAAUAAACUACAUGUGUAUGGUAUCGUGACAAGCAAUAAUAUGAAUACGAGUUCAAUUAUAGUUGUCUGAGAAUGUAAUGCUAUGAACUAUCAAUUUACUUAACACUAGAUCGUGUUUGAAUGAACUUAAGUUCAA